AUGGCGAGAACACGCGCGGCAACAGCCAAAAGUAGAGGAGCAGGUAGAGGGGCAACGCCGGUUGGAGGUGGAGUCCCAGCAGUUGAUGCCAUGCCUCUAGUGGCUCCUAAUGAGGCCGCGGGAGAUGCAACCGCACCAGCUCAGCCAGCGGUAGUGCCAGCUUCGCCAGGGGCUGCAGCUGCUCCAGGUUUACCAGAUGCGAUGGCUCAGGUGCUGAACUGGUUACAUGGGUUGGCACAGACCGGAGCGAUACCGGCCGUUCUAGCAGGUAGGGGUGUAGGGAUAGUGGCCCCAGGUCCGGACAGAGUUCAAGCUCCAGGAGUUCAGCAUGCCGCAACCGUGGCUCUUCGCUUAGAUGAAGUUCUGAGCUUCGAGGCAUUUCUGAGGCCAGUUGCAGGGCCGGUGAUGACCGGUGAGGAGCAUGAUUUAUUUGGAGGUUCACUAAGAUGA